GGCAUUUUAAAUGAGAAUUUAUUUGAUAUUUUUAUUUUGAUUAUUAGUUUAAUUAUAGAUUUAAAAUUUUAUGAUUUAAAUUUCAAAAUCUGUCCAAAAAACGGUUUUAUUUGUCCACCACUUGUGUAGAUCAAUGGGAGACCAACUAAAUGAUGAUAAUGUGAUAACAUUGGAGCCAUUCGUGCAUCAGGUGGGCGGCAGAAGCACUAUCUUAGUGUUUGGCCAAACCAUUUGCAAACCCAUUAUCUCACGGGAACUCGCCUUUUAUGAGACAACUCCCACAGAACUGAAGCCUUUUAUUCCAGAAUUUCGCGGAAUCAGUGAAGUGUACUUCAGUGAGAGUUCCGAUGGCUAUCUGACAAUCACUACUAAACCGCCCAAUAGUUAUAUAGACGAAGAUAACAGUCAACAGAACGCUAAAUAUCGAAUCAAAUUAUGUAAACCUAAUGGAGAUGUCAUUGAAAACAAAGAUAAGCCGUCACCACAUGGAGAGCGCAAACAUGCCUUUGAACACAGCAAACAUGAUUUGCCCGAAAUUACCAACAAUUCUUCAACUAAAAUACAUAACCCAUGGGUUCUGAAGACAAUAUCAGCGCUUAAAGUGAACCACAGUUACCAACGAAAGAAAUUCCUAUUACUGGAGAACUUGACGUUCAGAUUCAAGUCUCCGUGUGUUAUGGACCUGAAGAUGGGAGUCCGACAACACGACGACUUCGCAGAUGACGAUAAAAUAAAAACUCAUUCUCUCAAAGUAUCCAACACUACAUCCGGUACUCUUGGACUCAGAAUAACUGGCGUUCAGGUGUAUAAUAAGACUAUGGAUCACUUUAAAUGUCAUAACAAAUAUUAUGGCAGAACGCUAUCACCAGAAGGAUUUGUAGAGACAUUUAAAAUGUUUUUGCAAAUCGAGAACAAAUUGAGAAGUGAUUUAAUAAAUCUAAUGAUACAUAAGUUAGAGAAGAUGUUGUCAGUGGUCGAGAAAUUGGAUACUUUCCGCUUCUAUACGAGUUCUUUGCUUAUCAUAUAUGAGGGAAACGCGGAUCACAUCAGCAAAAGUGAUACAAAUCUAGUGGACAUCCGAAUGAUUGAUUUCGCGCAUACGACACAUGAGGGUAUGGGUGGACACAUACAAGACAACAACGGACCCGACAGGGGAUAUAUUUUCGGAUUAACUAAUUUAAUCACAAUUUUAAAAGAUAUUGAGUCAGAAAUAAUGUGAUGAUUUGGCCAUUAAUUGACUUUCUUCUCCACAUUUGUUAUAUCAAUAUUAUUUUCAAACAAAUAAUUCACUCUAAAGUAUAUUUUGCAUUAAAUUAAUUAGUAUUUAAGUCUAAAAUAGAUGUC